UUUCCGUUAACGCGACCUCUGCGUUGUAUUUAAAAGUUGUUAUAGUUACUACAGUAAAUAUCGAGUCAUUCUUGUUUGGCAAUCACGAAGCAGUAUUUCGCUUGGGGUCUUGUUUUUGGUCAGCUACCCAUCAAAGGAUAGAAAGGAAAUUGAAACUGUACUGGUAAGAUCAAGAAGUCAAUUUUAAAGAUGUCAAACCCAGAGGACAAAGAGGCUGUAUCCAGACCUAAUGCGGCCAUUAUGGACAGUUCUGGAGGAGGGAAUGCAGGUGGAGCUGGUGUGUCCAUUACAAUAACUUUUAACAAAGCUUACGUCGUGUCAAUUCCUGGAGUAUUGAAGAUCGUGGAAUUUAUCCUGUUGUUGCUAGCGUUUUCUAUCGCCGCUGACAUAAACGUCGCAAACUGGGGACGCAUGAGUUUUUUCCUUUUUGUUACCAUUACUUCAUGGCUUCUUGUAAUCGCCUGGUUUGUGCUGUUCACCUUCAAUUUGCACACAAAGAUCAACCUCAACAUUAACUGGAAUAUUACGCUCCUGAUAUUUGCUGCUGUUGUGGCUUUUCUUUUGCUGAUCAGUUCGGCGUUGUUGGCUGAUGAUGUCAGAAAGAUAGAAGAAAAGUCUGGUUACUCUCUUCCUUUUUUGGGCCCGUUACGCACUGCUGUGGUAUGUCUUAAGGCGUUUGGAUUUAUUGCCAUGUUUGUGUUCAUUGGAGAUGCUGUUGUGAACAUCCUUAAAAUUACUGGAAAGACGCAAGUGCAAAUCGCUUUAUAGACUUGGACCACCUUAAAGACGCUUGAUUUUCUCUUAUUUCCUCGAUUUAUUUCGUUAUCGAUACUGUCACAUCAGUGAACGCUUCCUAUCCAGAUGUAAAAGAAGUAACAAGAGUGAUUUUGGGAAGGUUUUCAAGGUACCGAGAUAGCCGUUUCUGGAUGUGUCUCAGAUCUUCAUUAUUCCUACUUAUGGUCCUUUAUUAGGUAAAACCUAUUAAAUAUUAGCCCGCAACAAAGGUAGUGCCUUUUUUCGUAGCUGUUGUUUUGUCUCGUCACGGAACAGGAGACCAAAUAAAAGCUCUUCAGGGAACACGAACAAACGUUCUGUGCGAAUGAACCAAAAAGUACGUUGUUAUCUAUUAUGUCAUAAGUCCGGCUUCAGCCCUACAAGUGUUUAGCAUCUAAUUUCUAACAUUAUAAGAAUUGCAUGGUUGGCAGUCAAGAGAAUGAUAAGUUUGACCCGGAAGUUAAAGGGUUAAAUCAAACAUUAAGAUCACAGGAGUAAAGGGAAUGAUCACCAACUAAAGAAGCUCUUGAACAUGCAACUUUCUCCAGUCAGCUCAAAAGGAAUAAAGAACAGUAUGGAAAACAUGCAUACUGUUGUUAGCCAUGGUAAUAAGUGUCAAAAGAGAAAAGAAAGGAGGGAAACUUCAAGCGCUUAAUCACAAUUACAAUUAGAGGGCAAGACAAAUAGAUAAAUAAAGGAAUUACUAAAAAAAAUAACACGCUACAGAAGGCAUGACAAUCAUGCUGAAAGACUGGUUUUAGGAGAGGAAGGAAAAAAGAAAUCGGUGAAAUAAAUAUGUCAAUAAUUUAGUCGUUCAUGUAUUUAGCGAGAGGUUCCUACUCCUUUGCUUUGCCUGCUUGUGAUUUUUCUUAUCUCUUUUGAGUUUAUCCACCUUAGUAAACGAUGUCAAAUAUUAUAUCGGAAAAUUAAAUACUUUGGUAGUUCCUUAAUCAGACAACUACGAAAAAGGAACUAAGAUUGGGAGCUUAACACGUAAUAAAACACAGAGUUUACCACAACCUGAUGGUAGAAAGGAAAGGAAAAACUUUGACUGCUUCAUAGAAAAUACAACUGUUGCUUUCUCUAUAUCUACAAGAGAAUCUAUCACCAAUGUCGCCAUGUUUUAAGAUCAGUGGAAAUCGUGGUACUUUUAAUUCCGUAAAUUUCAUUCUGGCUCAUUUAAUAACGCAUUUUUUAUCUUCUGCUUCUCACUGUAUUCUUCAUAUGUCUUUACUCAUACAUGUCAUUUUACUGAUUAUUUUGAAGCCUUUCAUGUGUGGAAUGUGACAGUAAACGACAACAACUCUAUUACUCGACCACUGCUCUUAAGCGACAAUUUUGCAACCGUUCUGUCUAUAAAAAUAAAAAAACUUGAAUAGUGACUGAGCCAACUCGGAUUCCGUAGUUUCCUCCUAAAA